UUAAACCCUAGGAGCGGAGGGUGUUGAAGUUUUGGGCGUUGCCUAAGAAAAAGAAAAUGGGUGGUGUUGCAAAGCAGCAGAAGCAGCUACUAGCCAAGGGGUCGCUGGUUGAGGUGUGCACAGACGAAGAAGGCUUCACGGGAGCGUGGUUCGAGGCCGUCAUUCUUGACCCUAAUCCUCCUCCUCCCUCUUCUUCUCCUUCUUCCUCUACAAGAUCCGGUUCCAAAAAGAAGAACGCCAAGGUCUACGUCGAGUAUGUAAACCUCCUUUCCGACGAGGAUGGGCAUAAGCCUUUAAGAGAGCUUGUGGAUCCGGAUUUUAUUCGCCCCCGCCCGCCUUCCCCUUCCCCUUCUCAGAACGCUAAGGGUUUCGAGCUUUACGACGUCGUUGAUGCCUUCUAUAAGGAUGGUUGGUGGACUGGAGUUGUAACUAGACUUCUCGGUUCUUUUCGCUACACAGUCACCUUUAAGAACCCGCCGGACGAGCUUGAAUUCGGCCUAUCUGACUUGAGGUUCCACCGUCAAUGGCUUAAUGGAAAGUGGGUCCGACCCAGGAAGCAGAAAACAGCAGGAUUGAUGUUUAGUGUGGGGAAAAAGGUAGAAGUCUCAUUUGACAGAGAUGAUUGUCAGGAUGCUUGGUUCCCUUCAGAUAUCAUUGAAGUUUCUGGUAAUGGCUCUUUCUUGGUGGAGUAUCGGAGGCCGAAUGAUGGCAAUGAGAACGAGCUAAUUAGAGUAACAGUUGAUGCCCUCCAUAUCCGACCAUGCCCUCCACUUCUCAAAAAUAAAAAUUUUAAUUUAUUGGACAAAGUAGAUGCAUAUUAUGAUUUUGGCUGGUGGAGAGGAGUGGUAAACAAAGUACUUGCUGAUAAUAGUUAUAGUGUUUUCUUUAAACAUGGGAAGAAGGAGAGGGUGCUCAAUCACUCAGAAUUAAGACCUCACAUGGAUUGGAAGGAUGGAAAAUGGUAUACUUCUCAGGAUGCUUCAGUCCCUCCAGAUUGCACCAUUGAGGAAGUGGACACCUGCAAUGAUCCAAAUGUGAUCCAAAGUGUUCUUCAACCUGGCAGCCCAGUCACUGGCACUACAAAUGAAACGUCUGGAGAGAAAAUGUCCUGUUUCUUGAAGUCUGAUGGUGAUAGGAGUGAGCAGCCAACUAUUUCCAUCAAGAAGCCUUCAAAUGCUAGAGUUUCACCAAUGAAAAGGAAGCAACGUCUAGAACUGCCAAAGGAAGGAAUUUCAACUCGAUCGCCAUCUCUUAGCAAAUUUAAGCAAAAGACAAAUGAAUGUGAAACACCAACUGAGGACAUUCCAAGUGGUUUUAUCAAUCCAACUUCCAAGGGUACUAGAUUGAAUGUUUCAACUUCUGUCAAUGUAGAUGAGCUGCCUGAUCAACCUUCUCAGGGGAAGAGAACUCAGAGGAAACGCCAUAAAAUUGAUGAGCAAGAAGGCUAUAUGUCAAGUGCACAGAUAAAGGUAGGGGGAGCCAAAAAAUUGCAAGUUAAAGGCCAACAAUCUUCAGCUCAAGGUAAAGAGGGUAAAGAAGUAGGAAAUGCUGCUGAAUGUAAUGAAACUGACCUUCCUAUCAUCAUAGGAUUGGAGUGUAUUCCUCCCUCAGUGACUAAAAAACCUCGUAGAUCUUAUGGCAAGGAGUGUUCAGAUCCUACAAGUGACCAGGAGCAGGACUUGAGCAAUCUAACUAUAGAUGCUAUAAAGGAGAGUAAAGAAGAUACCCUGACUGGUCAAAAGAAAAAGAGAGGAAGGCCACCCAAGAAACUGCUCAGCACUCCUCAUGCUUCCCCAGCAGGGAUGGGGAGCUCAGUUCCCUAUGAUGUAGAUGCUAAGGAUCCAAUAAAGAGUCAAAGGGGGCGCAGGAAAAGUGGAGGCAGGAUAAGAAAAAUGGCUUUAGCUAAAGUAUCAAAUCAGAAAAAUCGUGCUACAAUAAUGAAGUCUGAGAAGCACACACUAAAGAGGGGGAAAAGAAAGAUUAUUGAAGUAAACAUUGAAUCUCAAAUUCCAGAUACUGCUGAUACUUCUGGAGGGAAAGAUGCUGAAUGCAUAGCUGUAGAGAAAGUCAUUGCUGAAGUACCUAGCAAUGGUUUUGAGGAUCAGCCUCUCUCAAAGUGGAUUGAAGAAAUGCACCCUCCAACUGCUGUUGAUGGAUCAAGAUCACAAGCGAGGAAUGUGGAGCAACAUAGUGAAGCAAGAGAGAAGUCCAAAGAGAUUGUUGUGCGAAAUCCUGCUAUUGACAAUGGAGAAGUGGCAGCGUCAAGUGAUCUCCAAAGCUUGCCUUUUGUGAAAAACACACUUCUUUGGGCCACAAUUGAAUCCAUGGACGUUUUCCAGAAAAUUCCACAGAAGCCACAUUUCCGGCCUCUGGAACAUAGUAAAGAUAGUUCUCGUGAGGGAUUAGCUAUCGGUUAUAUGGUAACUUUUUCUAGUAUAGUAGAUAAGGCAUGCAGAUUGGUAUUUGAUGAUCCAAGAAGCACAAUUGAUGAAAUGUUGGACACACUCCGAGAUUUGGAGUCUCAUGGGUUUGACGUUGAGCCUGUACGUGGACGCUUAAAUGAGAUGCUGUCAUUUAAAGAUAAGCAAGAAAAUCUUGAAGGCUUGUUAACCGAGACCCAAAGUGAAAUAGGAAAGCAAAACAUGGAGAAAGCAAAAAUUGAGGAAGAGGUUGAUGACCUCCAGAAGCAAAUAGCUAAGUUGGAAAAGAAGCUUUCACAGGCUAUGUCCAGGAAAGGGACUAAAGAAGAUGACAUAGCUUCUCUUAGGCACCGGAUGGAUGAGAUCAGCGAGGAAAUCAGAAAUUUGCGGGGUGAUUAUGAAGCUUUAACUAGUAAAGCGUUUUAAGUGCUGCAAAACUUUGUAGGUUAGCUAAGCCUUUAGCUGGUAUGGCGCGGCCUAUGUAUCGUGCAAUGCCCUUCUGUAGACGUUGUACUAUAAUUGCUUGCUUUUAAAAACCAACUCUUUGCGAUUGACGUCUGUCGUGGGUAAUUAAUGUAUUAUGCUAUGUUUGGACUUUGGGGUCA